CUGUAAGUCUACACUGCAUAUACACCGAGAUGGUACAUUUUCCCCACUUGAGCAGAAGUGAGAUGGACAAGAGAGCAAGAUGAUUCUUAAAGAAAAUGUCUCUGAAUAUCAGCCAAAAUUGAUAAAGAAAACAAUGCUCACUUUGUGCUGGAUAUUAACACUAUUUGUCAGUGGGGUAGAAGUUAGAGAGAUUAAUUUGCCAGGAUGUUACCAUGUUGAACCUCAAAUAUGGUAUCGUGCAAUUAAUGGUGAGGAGUUUGUUCUGCAAUGUGCUUUACCAGAUAGAGAUGCUACCAACAUUUAUAACAGCUCACUUCUAAAUCAACAUAAGGUGAAAUGGUUCUGGCAUCAGAAAGAUAAAGAGACACUGAAGGACAUCAAGGAAAGCUCAAACCUGACUUUCCAAGGGGAUGCACUUUUCUUUAAACCAAUAAGGCACAGUGCUUCUGGAGUGUACAUCUGUAGGAUAUGGGGAAAAAUCCCAUGUCUCAAAAUUGUUUUGGAUGUUCAAACAAAGACGGAAGCAAAAUGUUCAGGUUAUGACACAAAUAUUCUAUAUCUGCUUGCUGGCAAUGGGAAUUCAAUAACCUGUCCUGGGACAAAAUGUUACAGCCACAUAAAAAAGCAGGAUGUGAAAUGGUACAAGGAUGGUCAUCAGAUAAAAUACAGGAAAAGCAGACCGAGCCUAAAACUUAAGCAGAAUGAAAUCUACUUGAAUCCAACCUAUGACAAAGAUGCUGGGACAUAUGUGUGUGAUUAUACUCUGUCUGAAAACAUUAUCAAGUGGACAGUGAGAACAGCAGUAACAGUAGAAGUCACUGCAAAAAACACUAUUCAUCCACCAAACCUUUUGUAUCCCAAUGGUGUUGUGAUCCUCGAAGUAGAAGUUGGCAAGCCACUUGAAUUGGAAUGUCGUGUACAGUUUGGGUUUGAAAGGGUUUCUCCAAUGAGGGUAACAUGGAUAAGAAACAACGAAGAAAAUGUAAAUGAGAAAUUGAAUCAGGAAACAACUGUCUAUCCGAAAGGUUUGAAAGGACACACACUUCUUCAUGUUGCAACUUUGAAAGAAGUUACUGAAAAGGACCUCAGAAGCAGCUUCACUUGCUUUGCUGAGAAUUCAGUAGGGAAUGCCACUGCUGUGAUCCGGUUGAAAAGAAAGAAGAGAGUGUUGUUCUUAUAUGUACUAUGCAGUGCCAUUUCUACCCUAUUUGCAUUUGUUUUGUGCACUGUCUUUAUUUACCAGCACUGGAUUGAAAUAGUGCUGAUGUAUCGAAGUUAUCUGGUCCACAACAAAAGUACAGAAGAUGGCAAGGAAUUUGAUGCAUUUGUAUCAUAUGCAAAACUAAACUCUUCUGAAAGUGACUCUGCUUUAAUUAGUGAGGAAAAAUUUGCCCUGGAGCUUCUUCCAGAUAUGCUAGAAAACAAAUAUGGAUACAAGUUAUGUAUUCUUGAAAGAGAUAUUCUUCCAGGAGGAGCAUACACAGAUGAAGUUGUCAGUGCUAUUAAACAAAGCAGACGGGUAAUAAUUAUUUUGAGCCCAGCCUAUGUCAGUGGACCAAGCAUCUUUGAACUGCAGGCAGCGGUGAACUGUGCAUUGGAAGACAAAGGCAUCAAACUGGUAUUAAUAAAAUUCCAGGAUUUCAAAGAGCCAGAGGCUUUGCCUCCAGUACUGAAGAAAGCACUUCGGAUUUUACCAAUCAUUACCUGGAAGUCUUCCAUUUCUGCUGCUCCACACAAGAAGUUCUGGAAAUACAUGCGUUACCACAUGCCAAUGAAAACUACUAAGAGGCUGGAAAAUUUCAGCCUCAAGGGCGUCUCCCAAAGGUUAUUCAGACUGGUAUAGAUAUUUCACAGGGAGAGGACAUCAGGCUCAGGAUUGGUAACGUGAUUGUUAAAGAUCUUUUCUGUAUCAUCUGACUGCUGCCAGCUGUCACUACAGCCAGCAAUAACUCCCUCUGAAACAGUCAGAAGCACUGAAGUGUGACAGUGCCCAGGAAAACUGUGCCACUGCCUGCAACUGUAAAUGUGAGCCAUCUUUCAUAAAUUAAUAUUUUAUUACCAUUUUAUUUAUUAUACCAUUUUGCUCUGAUUUUGAGACAUACAAAGUUCUUUGCGCUGCAUUCAUUUCUGGAACAUUUUAACACUUGUUUUCUAGAAAAAUAUUUUAAAAAGGGAACUUCAGAGGAAGCCUGCAGUUUAAUUUUCUGAUGCAGUCCAGUGGCACAUACCCAAAUUCUUCAAAUGAGUUACCUCCUCCAAUGGGAACGCCAAGAAAAUACCAUGAGAGGCUGCUAUAGUUGGGUAUGCCAAAGGGAUUCAGAAAAGAAGGACCACUGUGUAGGCUUAUCCCAGGCAUCUCCAUCCUUCCUUCAGUGAGGGGAAGAGUUCAACCACCUGUCAAUCAGUUCACACUCAGGGACACCUGCAUCUGAUUGUAGUUGAUCCUGUCUGCUGCUGGUCACUCAAUGCCCACUGAACCUGUUGGCAUUAUGGGUGUGUUGCAGGUGUAAAUCUAAGCCCUGAUUGGCACAGCUGGUAGACUUCCAGGGACUCUAAAUCUUUCCCUUGCAGUCCUCUGGCUGCCAACUCUCCAGAGCUCAUACCACUUAUUCUCAAACCAUCUUGCAGUUUGUCUGUAGCUGAGUGAAAUGCAAUGGUCAGUGUUGAGCAAUCUGAGAGGUAUAGCCUCUUCUCUGUUGUUCUGAUUAUUUCAUUUGGCCUUCAAGUGAACAAAUCCUUGUUUUAUAAUGCUACCUGAAUAUCUCAUCUGCCAGAUUUCCUGUUGGAAAGGGAUCCCAAGAAAUACUACUGUUAACUGGAUCAGUACACUGGAAAAAAGAACUCUUUUGCAAGCAGGCUGAGCUUUAUCUACCUAAUGCUAUACUGGGUUCCAAGUUUUGGUGGGAGGACUGAUGGUGCUGUGAGGCUGACAGAAGAUAGUACUUUGUGUAGAAGCAGAACAUCAAAGGGCAUCACUGACUGUACUGUGGAGUUUUAACUUCUUUUUUUUUAGGGUCAGGAUUAAAUGCAUGAGGCGAUAUUUUUUUGUUUGGAUUCAGAUGUUUAUUAAUUUUUAUUUAUAUUGCAGGCACAUAAACUGUGAGUUUUACAGUACUUCAAUAAACUAAAAAAUGGAGCCUCAAGUGAAAGUAUUUCUCACUUUACAAGGUUUUUUAAGGAUAAACUGUCUAAUUAAGAAAAGAUACUUAAAUUAUUUUUAAUUUUAACUAAAUAACGAACUACUUGUGGCUCAUAAUGCAAACUUUUUAAUUUGAUUGCACAAUACCACCCAGACCCAUGAAGAAGAAGGUGAAGAAGAAGGAUUAGUUUCUGCUCUAAAAUUUUAUUUUGUUUUAUAUACAUUAUUCUAAAACUUUAAACUCUAAGUUUUCUAUUAUGUGAUAUUACACACUUCUAGUCAAAUUGCACACUUAUCAUUUUAGUUCUAUCAUUUAAUUUUGGAAGCUUUCUCUACGACAUCAGGUUAAAUGUACUGUUCUUUUGGAGGUCAAUGUCUCAGCACAGAAAGUCCAAAAUUCUCAGUGACUAGAGUUCAAACACUGCACUACUGAGAAUUUUGACACUGCAGUUGUACCUGUAUUGGUGAUUUGGUUGAGAUAAUUUUGAGAUAAUAAAAAUUUGCAUUUUGAUGCAAAUUUCUCACUUGUCACCAUUGAGAAUUUUGACACUGCAGUUGCACCUGUAUUGGCGAUUUGGUUGAGAUAAUUUUGAGAUAAUCAAAAUUUGCAUUUUGAUGCAAAUUUCCCACUUGUCACCACAUGUCACCUUUUGCUUUGCAUUAUAGACCAUUACAGUGGCACACACUGGAUCCCUUCCUCAGAAAGUCAAGUGGAAGAUAUGCUCCACCCAUGAAGGGACAUACAGUCUGUGGGGCCAGUUGGUUUGAAGGAAUCCCCUCCCAAGCACAUGCAGAGUGGUUUCAGGGUCCUCAGAACUAGCUGUUCUGGGGUAUCACAACUGUUCUCAUCACCUGCCCUAUCUGCACUGUCUUCUAACGCAGUCAAAUCAAUGAAUAAUUUGAAUAAUUUGUCAGUAAAUUAAAUACACUCAGUUCUAAGAUAAGUAAUACAGGUUUUAGAUGCUUCUAAUCAACAGCACUAUGUUUGCACACCCUGUUAUCCUGACACAUGACACUAAACAUGGUAGUUUACUGGUAUGAGUAAAACAAAUGCCAAAUACAAGACAACUCAAGAUCUAGUUUCAGGCAGGCGGUGUGACUCAGCCCUUCCUCUUUAUGUUGCUAUUACCUGCUAAAUUACAUACACGUGUUUAAGAGAGGGAGCCCCUUAUCAAGCGAGGCUGUCGUUUGCACGGUCCCCCACCAGAUGUCCCUCCCGCCAGCCCUGCCUGGUCCCUUUAUUGACACACUGAGUAGUUUUGUUACCAGGUGUGACAGGACCAGGGAGUCGUGCCAAGUGUGGUGCCCGGGGUGCCACUUGCGCUGGGGAGGCAGAUGGGGAGCGAGGGCAAGAGAGGAAGGCACGGAGCAGCCUCUCCUCUCUCCUGCCUGCCCAGGCUGCCUCCACCUCUCCCCGCCGAUGCAAUUCCCUUGUGCUGCGCUUGCUGCCUGAACGGGUAAUGCUGUGGCUAAGGUUUUUCUGGGUCAGUGGAACCUGCACAACCGGUAUCUUCAUACAAACUCCAGGGCUGUCUGCAGCACAAGGAAGGGGGCAAGCACAUAAGGACUAUAAAAUGACCUCUAACAGGCAAGUGAAAGAGCCCUGAGGAGGAAGAAGUGGCUGUGGACAAUGUAAAUCAGCAGAAGUGAAGAAGUGACUGUACACACCUUCAUGCACCCACGAUAUGCUAGAUCUGUAAUAAAAUGGUCACAGUCCCAGACAUGGGCUUUGCCACGCUUGCACAUGCAAAGCUUUCCAACAUGCUGCUGCUGCUGUUGUGCCUGGUAUCCUGUGCUGCUGCUGCUUAUGGGGGUGAGCCCAGCCUGGGAAAGAGGUCCUUGCAUCACUAUGAACAUGAUUCCAGUAGCGCUGUUGAUUCUUCUCAAGACAUGAGGCUACAUGUUUUCACACUGGACUAUGACUAUGUGCAAAUUCCCUAUGAAGUUACUCUUUGGAUCCUCCUUGCCUCUUUUGCAAAAAUAGGUAAGUAGAAAAUGGGAUCUUAGGUCCUCCAGACUUGGAAAGAUGUUAAAAAACUAUGAUGUAACCAAUGUAUUCAUUCAUUCAUUCAUUCAUUUUGUAGCUGGGAUUGAUUUUACUGUGUCCUCAAAAGAACAGGUGUGUUCAUUACCACGGCAAUGCCAAAAUUCCACCUUAGAAUGAUUCCAUCUUGCUUAAGUUAACAUAUGACCUCUAACCUUCAGGUCUCCUGGGCUGUGAGUAGCAAAUAGCAACAGAGCUCCCUAACACAGUGCUGUCCACUCAUUUUUCUAGUCCUUAUAGAUCACACAGCUGUAGAAAUCAGUUACACCAGGCUGAGACUUCAAGUGUAUUGAAUUUUGGGGAGAAACUGUAAAGCAUUCUUCCUUUGUAUGAAUAAAAGAAAACAUUUCCCUCUGA